GAAGUUGCGUUAUAACAGGGCGCCUUUCUUCAAAAGUUUAGUAAUGCCUCUGUCAACUAAGCGGCAGGCUGAUGAUGAUCAAUACAUCUUUGUGGCCAGUUUGGAUAAUGCCCGGAAUCUUUCAAACAUAUUGAAGGCGAUCACCUUCAAAGAUCAUGCCAUCUUCAGAGCCACUUCUAAUGGACUGACAGUUACUGUGGAGGACACCAAAUGUCUUCAAGCCAAUGCCUUCAUUCAGACUGAGAUCUUCCAAGAGUUCACCAUUAGAGAAAAUUCAGUGGAAUUUCAGGUGAAUCUUGCUGUUGUACUGGACUGCCUUACUAUAUUUGGAGGAAGCACAGCGCCAGGAGUGACCACAGCCUUGAAAAUGUGCUACGAGGGUUAUGGCUACCCCCUGACCCUGUUUCUAGAGGAGGAUGGAGUGGUGACUACAUGUAAGAUCAACACAGAAGAACCAGAAGAGCCCAUUGACUUUAAUUUCUGCAGCACCAAUGUUACUAACAAGGUGAUCCUGCAGUCAGACUGUCUCAAGGAUGCCUUCUCUGAGCUGGAUAUGACCAGUGAGGUGCUGCAGAUCACUAUUUCUCCCAAUCCUCCGUACUUCAGGCUGUCCACGUUCGGGAACUCUGGAAAUGCUCACUUUGAUUUCCCCAAAGACUCAGAAAUGAUGGAGCUCUUCAACUGCACCAAGACACAGACUGACAGAUACAAAAUGUCCUUGCUGAAGCCAACCACCAAGGCCUUGGCUCGGUCCUGUAAAGUCUCUGUGAGAACAGACAGCAGAGGUUUCCUCUCACUACAGUACCUGAUCAGGAAUGAUGACGGACAGAUUUGCUUUGUGGAAUACUACUGCUGCCCCGACGAGGAGGGGGAAGAUGAGUGAUAAAGGCCUAUUAUGUGGCUUUAUGAUGGUCAGCCACAUUAAAAAAAAAAAGGACAAACCAUUAAAACAAGGCAGCACAGACAAUGAGAUGUACACAACAGUUUGGUUGUAAUGAGGACAAAUGGAACUGUUGAAAAUGCUGCAAAAAAAAAAUCCUCGUCAAUGUGAAUCGUUUGAUUUAACAUCAGAUGUUUUGGUCAAAGCGGUGUUUAAUGUCUUUUUACUGUUAACUCUGUAUUGAUAUAUUUUCCCAUAAUAAAGAAACACAUUUUGUGCAGUU